GUCAAGUACACGUUUUUAAGAGGUUAUGUUUAUCCGCUGCUUCUCUAUUUUAAUUAUAGUUUAAUUACACAAUGGGUGACUUUGUGUUAAAUAACAGUGAAUCAGAAGUCGAUUCAGAUGACGAGUUACAAGAGGCGUUCGCUAAAGGCUUGCUCAAGCCAGGUCUUAAUGAAGUAAUAGAAAAGGAAGGAAAGAAGCAUGUGAACAAUGUAGCAGAUUUGAAGCUGAAGCUGAAAGAAUUUCAGCUGAAGUUGCCAUGGAUUGAGACACUGGAUCUGGUGACAGCAGUUGCACCUAUGGCACCGGACGUCGCGCUACAAAUACAGGAGACCGCUCAGAGGAGAAAGAAUAUAAAAGAAAACAGCAAGGGUACACACAUGUACGACCCGUCGCAAGACCCGGUGCUGAACGAGUUCAAGCGAGAGAACCUCAUUCACCGCCAGGCGCAAGCUGCCGUCGUGGAGGGACUGAAGAAACUUAAAGAACUGAAUAUUCCUACUAGAAGGCCUGAGGACUACUUCGCCGAGAUGGCGAAGACGGACGAGCACAUGCAGAAGGUGCGCAAGAACCUGCUCGCCAAGCAGGCCGCGCAGGCGCGCACGGAGAAGGUGCGCCAGCUGCGCGACCAGAAGAAGAUCGCCAAACGGGUGCAGAUUGAUGCUCGAUUGAAACAGGCUUCAGAAAAGAGAGAAAUGCUCGAACAGCUCAAGAGAGUCCGCAAAGGCAAAUCCACCGACUUAGACUUCUUGGAUGACAACAAAGGAAGAAAUAAAGGCAAAGGCCCACAGAACAAGAUAUCCAAGAAACGGGCUAUGAAAGACAAGAAAUUCGGCUUCGGAGGCAAAAAGAAAGGCUCCAAACUAAAUACUAGGGAAUCUUCUAGUAAUAUGGAUGGCUUUAAUAGCUCAGCCAAGAAGAAACCGUUCGAUUAUAAGAAUGCUAAAAAUAAACAGUUUAAACCGAAAGGAAAGAAUCAAAGGCCCGGAAAGUCUAAGAGGAAAAAUGCUAAGAGAUAAUGAUUUUUU